AUCCCUCGAUUUGCGUCCCUGGAGGACGAGCGUGAAUGGAGUAAGCUCUAUCACGCCGCUGCUCUGAGAUGGCUGGGCCUCAACGGGUAUAAUAACGAGGGCGCAGGUGGCCACCUCACGGUCCGUGACCCUAUUCUUCGUGAUCCCUUUUGGAUUAACCCUCAUGGUGUUUCAUUCUCGUACAUGAAGCCAGAUGAUCUUUGCCUCAUCAAUGAAAAUGGAGAGGUUAUGGAGCCUGGCAAUAUGCAUGCUGUCAACCCUGCCGGCUUCGUAAUUCACGUUGUCGUCCAUAAGGCCCGUCCUGAUGUUGUUGCCGCCUGCCAUUGUCAUUCAAUUCCAACCAAGGCCUUCUCUGCCCUUGGGUGCAAGCUAGAGCCAAUUAAUCAGGAUGGAUGCCGCUUCUAUGAGGACCAUUCCAUCUAUGAAGGAUUUGGCGGCAUCGCCUUCGCGCAAGAGGGAGAACGAAUUGCCAAAUCCAUUAGCAACAACAAAGGCGUUAUUCUGGAAAACUACGGCAUCUUGACUGUGGUCAAAACGGUUGAUGCUGCGACAUUCCUAUUUGGUGCAAUGGAU